UUCACCACCAUCAUGGUUGGAGCCAGCUGCUCCAAUACCACUCUUACAUGUCUGGAGCCAGGCUCCACGACCAAUGGCUCCAACAUCAUCCCUGCACUCACUCAUCACUGGCGGCAGGCUGAUGAGACAGCCCAGGACUGCCUGGCGUACAUGCAAAAUGGCAGUGAGUUGAUAAAGGUGUGGUCAAACAGUCGUCAGUACCACCGCUUCUUCUCACUCAGUAAUGACAUGACAGAGAUCCUAUGGCAGCCUACUUCAAAGAAAAGGCACAAAGCAAGAAAGAGGCCUAUGGAUGCUGACUAAAUAAAAAAUAUUGCCACAGGUCGGGUAAUGCUUCUCCAUUAAUCCGACUUGAGUGAACAGCUGUAUGUGUGUGUGUGUGUUUA